AUGGAAAGGAUAGGAGGUUCGACAAUUACCAUGCCAUCGGAGUCUGCUUCCUAUGACUUGAAAAGGACAUUGAGCAUGGGAACAUAUGCGUUAUUCAUCAUGGGGCCAUCACAACAUAUGUGGUUUAAAUUCUUGUCCAAGGUUUUCCCAAAGACAGAUGUGCCAUCAACCUUGAAGAAAAUUUUCAUGGGGCAGGCUGUACUUGGUCCUAUCAUCAGAUUUGGGUCAUAUAACGGGCCAAUUUCAGGUGAAAGUGGUUCUGAAAUAGUUGCUAAGUUGAAGCGUGAUCUGCUUCCCACACUUCUGGGCAGUGCUGUGUUUUGGCCUGUCUGUGAUUUUGUGACAUUCAAAUUCGUUCAAGUUCAGUUACAGCCAUUGAUGAACAGAUCCUGCGCCUGUGUGUGGACUAUUUAUUUAACAUACAUGGCAAACUGA